UCUCUAAAACCUUAUCUACUUCUUCUCUAGCUUACAGCAGCAGCAAUGGCUUCCUCUGCUGCUUCUCUUAUCCUCCCUUCUAUCUCUUCAAAAACCCUAAUCCUCUCUAAAAACUCCUUUCCUUCUCUCUCUUCCUUCCCAUCUUUCAAAACCAAGAAACCUAUCUCAUUCUCCGUUUCCGAAUCUCUCUCUGUAAAACCCUCGUCGACGAGGAGUUUCUCUUCGUCGGCUUUCGUCCGAAGAGUCGCUAUCUCAUCUCAAUAUGGGCAGGAAGAAGACGAAGCAGAAGAGGGGGAAGAGGCGAAUUUCCCUCCGGAGCUGAAACUCUUCGUUGGGAAUCUUCCCUUCAGCGUCGACAGCGCGGAGCUUGCUGGGUUGUUCGAGCAAGCCGGGGCGGUCGAGAAGGUCGAGGUUAUUUAUGACAAGCUGACUGGAAGAAGCCGGGGGUUUGGGUUCGUGACAAUGUCUACAGCUGAGGAAGUUGAAGCAGCUGCACAGCAGUUCAAUGGCUAUGAACUUGAUGGCAGAGCACUGAGGGUGAAUUCCGGACCCCCACCUCGGAAGGAUGAUCUUUCAUCUAGAGGAUUUCGGAGUGGGGGUGGGGGCAGUUUUGAUUCUGCCAACCGGGUAUACGUAGGUAAUCUUUCAUGGGGUGUAGAUGAUUUAGCUCUCGAGUCCCUCUUCAGUGAACAAGGGAAGGUUAUGGAGGCCAAGGUGGUGUAUGACAGGGAAAGUGGUAGAUCGAGAGGUUUUGGCUUCGUCACAUACAGCUCUGCUGAGGAGGUUGAUAGUGCAAUUUCUUCACUUGAUGGGGUGGACUUGAAGGGCAGGGCAAUCAGAGUUACUAUGGCAGAGUCGAGGCCUAGGCGACAGUUUUGAUCCCAUCAUUUUCCUGGUUUCUCCAACUCAAGAUAAAUACUUUUGGUUCUUGUAAUGAGUAUAUGCUUUUGGUAGUGUGUUUAAUUUCAUCUGUUUACCAAAACAUCUUUCAAAAAUGCUCAUAGAUUGUGUUUUCCUCAGAAAAAGCAGAUGUGUGAGUGGUUGCAUUAUGACAAAUGCCAUUAUGCAGCUCAGUGCCAUGUA